AUGGGACGAAAGCGCGGUUCCGGAACGAAGCUUGCGGGGAAGAUGCUGGAAGUGGCCGCAGAUGAGUCGUCGGAUAGUAUAAGUCGUAGUAGCGAUAGCGGAGGAAGAUCGACAUCUGUGACCCCGGUGCAAGAGAUCAUGUCUGGCAGAGGUCGAAAAAGAGGCAGAGGUCGGGGCGGUCGACGAGGUGGACGCGGUGGGUUGAAUCUAAAUGCCGCAUCUGUGGUGAUGCUUCAUACUAAAACGAUGCAACCCGUUGAAGACGAUACCACUGCCGAAUUUAUCGGCGAUCAGAUGGUUGAAAUGAUCGAAAUUUUGGAUGAGGAAACGAGCAAAUCAUUGGAGGGUACCGAUGACAGUACUAUCGAGUCGAUCAUAAUGCAGGACGAUGGAACUACCCCUGAGAUGUCGGAACCAGUGCAAUUGCUUGAAUGUCAAACAAUUGAAAACGAAACAAUUGUUGUAUCAGAAGAAACCGUCGUGGAAGGCGAUGCCGGUCCUUCCCUACUUGUUGCUGGAGAUGAAGAAACAGUCAUCUACAUCGAAGAUGAAACUGCCUUUGAAAUGGCAGAUAAUGGCGCUGGUACAAGAAAAUCUAAACGGCAAGUGAAGGCGACGAAUAAGUUUCGGGAUUUUGUUGUUGAUGCACCACUUCCAAUGACACAGGUAAUGUACACGUGACACAUUUCUUUUUUCGUUGAAUCUCCUGUACGCACUUAUUCUAGUGGAAAGUCACAACGAAGAACGAUAGGAGGGGGAGUUCAACCAGGAACAAGCAAACAACAACGAACACCUGUGGGCACAACUCUGCAAUAUGAAACGUAUCCAACAAAGGAUUUCACCGCAACGGCAACAAUGUCAACGAUGGGUAAGAGUGCUGUCGGGACGGUAGCAAAAAGGGGCAGAAAAAGAAAAUCAGAUGUGAACGCCAUAUUGAACAUCGCAGCAGUUGACCCUAGCGAUGAGACCAUCCAGUUGCCCCAACCAGAAGAGAGAAGCAAUUCUUUGAUAUCGUUAAGAAUCGAUGGAACCAUGUUCGGCGAUGACGAUAGUGCGCUUAGCUCAAGCUCGCAGGAACAGUGCGAGCAGGUUACUGCCAUCGCUUCAGCAAAGGUGCUAGCAUCUGGAAGAGGAAGAAAGUCUCGUGGGGGAAGCAUGACAAACGUAUCCGAGCGACCAGCUGGUUCCACUUUUAUAAGAAGGUCUUAUAAAACUGCAGCUACACCACUAGAAUCGAAGAAUGAUGAUGCUAUGAUAGACACGGAUUAUUCGGUCUUCUCAGAAACAACAGAAUCCUCUUCAACAAAUCCAACAGAAGCUGUGGUCGACGAUGAGGACGUCAUCGUAUUACAAGCGGAUGAAAUAAUUAACGACAGUUCGACUUCAAAUCUUUCGGGUAUUAGAUCUACUUCUGUAAGAGGAAGUAGAGGUGGCCGCGGAAGUCGGGGAGGUCGUGGUGGUCGUGGCAGUCGAGGAGGUCGAGGAAGUCGUGGAGGUCGCGGCAGUCGUGGUGGUGGUCGUGGCAGUCGUGGAGGACGUGGAGGACGUGGCCGCGGUGGAGCAAAAAAUGCGAACGACGAAAUGUUGUUGGUUAGACAAAACGAAAAUGUCGCAGAAGACAUAUAUUAUUCCUCGGGCGAAGAUGCGAAAACAAAAUCUCCAGUUCCCGAUCUUGGCAUUCAGGUCGUACAAGAAGACAAAGAAAUGCCUCUUGAGAAUGCUGAUUUGAAAGUUAAUGAAGAAAAUGAAAUUAAAUUACAUUCUAGCGAACUGUACGGAAUCAAGAAUAAUGUUCCUAAUAGGAAAGAGUGUAAGGAUGCGGUAUCAGUAGAUACAAACCCGCCCGAAGAAGCUGCAUUAGAUGUGCAGACGUCAAAAGAGGCAGCAUCUGAAUUCAUUCCGACGCUGGAAGCUGUAGGUAAUGAACUUUGCAUCCAAAAGUCAAAAUACGUUAAGUCUGAGCAAUCGGGCUCCGAUAAAUCUGAAAAACCUGCGAAGACUCCAUUUAAUGACAAGAUAAAAUUUGAUGACGGUGUAAAAUCAAAUUCAAAUUCAACAGUAUCGAAAUCAGACUGUACAAAUGUGCAAGAAAAGGAACCCAAGCAAGUUUCCGACCGGGAGAGGGAAGUUACGCACGAAGAUGGAAGAAACAUGUCGAAACAGGAACAAUCAAAGAAAGAAAAACGAGAUCAUGACAAAUCGAGUGAGUCAACGUCCUCUAGAAAGUCAGGCAAAGAACGAUUAUCAAAAGAUUCGUCCACAAGCAAAGACAAACACCGGUCUGAAAAAUCUGUCAAUGAAGAUGAGCGAUCACGUGAUCGUAAAAAGGAUAAGAAACGCUCAGAAAAUGAGCACCGCAAACGACCGCUGUCAAAAGAUGGUACUGAAGAGAAACGGUAUGGGAAUGAAUCAGGACGAAUUAAGGAGGGCCAGAAGCAUAGUUCUGAGAGAGUGGGUACGGAACAUGCUGUUAGUACUUCGGCAGGACAUGAAAAGAAGGGAAAAAAGGAAGGGGACAAGAGAUUAUCAGAAACACCGAGUAGCGAAACGAAAGAUAAGUGCUCAUUACCAGAGAAUUCCUCAGGAAGUAAGAAACGUGCUUCAAUAGUUCCGCUACGACCGGACAAACCUAAAAAAUGCUUUGAAUCAGAGCUACAGGCGUUGGAAUUGCAGCCUAUUUCACGUAAAAUACACGACGAUUCACGUCGCCGGGAGAUCAAAGAACGCGAGGAUUCCUCAUCAUCAUCUUCUUCGCACCGGAAGGAGCACAAGCACAGCUCUAAACACAAGAGCUCUAAAUCAUUAAUUGAUUCGAUAGCUCGCAAAGGGGACACUGGUAGUAUCGGCAGCAGUAGUACCCACAAACAAUCUCGCUCCAAGGACGAACAUGAUAAGCAUCGCGAUGAUACAUGUGGAAUUGCAAAGAAACCUAUCUUAGGCUCCGGUUUUUUGCAAGAAGAAAGCGACCGCGAUCGAUCCAUCAGGAAGAAAUCAAAGUCAAAGGAUAAAAAAGAAACCUCAAAAUCAAAAGAAGCGGAAAUAUUGAAGGAAAAAACUGCACCCAUGUUAGACUUGCCGAAAGCUCCUGUUUUGGAAGACGUAUCCUUAAUCAAAACUGAGGAACCGUUGAACGUACCCGUGAUCGAAAGAGAUGCAACCGAGCACGCUGUUCUGGAUGAACUUCAACCAUGUGAAACCCCAAAGAUAGUAACGAAAGCCUCACUAAAGAUGUAUAAAAUGGAGGAAGCUAUCGAAAAAUCGGUUGAAAUGGAACCAUUGGAGCCAUCUGCAGCGGUUGCGGAAGAACAUGUUCUUCCGAUCGAAGCAGCUCCGAUCAAAACGGAUGAAACAACGCUCUCGAUUGUACCUAAGGAAGAAACUAUCAUUAUUAAUGAACCACCACCGGUUGAACUUAAAACGGAAUCAGCAGAGCCUAAGAAUGUUAUUCACAUCAAACCAGAUGAGGAGGAUGGAAUGUUCAGCGAUGCUGAAACGAUACGAUCCGAACCGUUUGCCGACAGUUCGUAUAACGAAGGAACACUAAGCGGUGGUCUGCCUUCAGAAGACGAUUCCGGUGUACGUAGCGGUGCAAGUUCGCCAUGUGAUAUGCUGUCCAGCGACGAAGGGGAUGCACCUGGUGGAAGUGUCGAUGAAUCCCGUAGCGAUCGUGAUUCGCAGCGUGUUGAUAUGGUUCGGCUAGUGGAAAGUUACAUCGACGAUGGUGUAAUUCGCCGAUCCACUCGCAUUAAAACGAUCAGUUCCCAAAAGCAACGUACCAGCGGGCAUGGAUUGGUGCGAGACAAAGAUCGGUUGCUUAAAAAGUCUGGGUCUGGGCUCGAUUCGACUACAACUGCAGGUUCAGGAGGCACAAGUGAUGCAGGAUUCUCGCUGGUGGAAGGCACGCUGCAAGCUAGUCAGUCAUCGGUCACGGCAGGAGGUUCUAGUGGGCCAGCCUGGCCGGUGAUAGCCAAUGAAGGAGACAGCGUGAACGUCGAGCUGCCCGAGGAGUACCUUCGAGAUAUGGAAGAAAAGUUAAGUCGAUUCGAGACAAUCCGCGAAAACAUCUAUCACAGUGAUCGCAUUGUGAGCAAGGAGGCUAAAAAGAUGACUUGCGAUUGCUUCCUUACGCACGAAGAAAUCGAGCGUGGUGAGCACGGAUGUGGCGAAGAUUGUCUUAACCGGUUGCUCAUGAUCGAGUGCGGAUCACGUUGCACUGUCGGAGAUCGUUGUACGAAUCGGCGGUUCCAACGUCAGGAAUAUGCCCACUGCCAGGUGUUUCGGACGGAUAAGAAAGGGUUCGGUAUCCAGGCCAGCACAAUGGUAGGCCCCGGCGAGUUUAUCAUGGAGUACGUAGGAGAGGUGUUAAACAGCGCCCAGUUCGAGGAUCGCGCGGAGGUGUACUCGCGAGAAAAGAACAAGCAUUACUACUUCAUGGCACUGCGCAGUGACGGCAUCAUUGACGCUACCACCAAGGGUAACAUCUCGCGGUUUAUCAACCACUCAUGCGAUCCGAACGCAGAAACGCAAAAGUGGACCGUUAACGGGGAGUUGCGCAUCGGAUUCUUCAGCACGAAAUACAUCCAGCCUGGAGAGGAAAUCACGUUCGACUACCAGUUCCAGCGGUAUGGACGCAAGGCACAAAAGUGCUACUGUGAAGCGGAAAAUUGUCGCGGUUGGAUCGGUGCGAAACCAACUGAAGAAGGUGGCGACUCGGACUACGAAGAGGAAGACGAUGAAGAUGAUGACGAGGAAGGGGAUGAGGAUGAGGAUAGCGAGGUUGAGAGAGAGAGUCAGAAGGGCUAUCAACCAAGGGCUUCUAGAGAGGAACAAUCAUCACAACCAGGUAAAACAGGAGCUAAAGUUACGACUACCGAAAAUGAAUUCCAUUCAGAAGCUGCCUCUGAUACGGUUGUUGCUAUAGCUGCGCCCGUGACUGCGGUAGAAGCUAAGAAAACUCGCAAAAGACGUACCACGAUUCGGAAGAAACGUCGCUUAGAGAUCCACGAAGAUCCAGAUCUGGAUGAGGAGAUCAACAAGUUGCUUAAGACGGGUUUGAAAAAUCAAGCUCAUACGCUAAAAUUAUCCCGAUUGAUGGUGCGCGCGAAGGAUAUCAAGUCCCGCAGUCGCUUACUGACGUUGUUGCAGAGCGGCGAGUUGCCUUGCCGUCGGUUAUUCCUUGACUACCACGGGUUGCGGCUGUUGUACGGUUGGAUUUGCGAGUCGACCGAAUCAGUAGAGGAUCUUAAGUUCCGCAUUCAAAUCCUGAACACGCUGGACCGGUUGCCGAUCUCGAACAAAACGAUGCUGAAGGAUAGCAAAAUUCUGCAUACAGUCGAAAAAUGGGCCCGCGUGGAGAAGGGCAAAACUACCGGUUCUUCCACCGUAGUUCAGCUGUCCCAACCUGCGGUUCACAAGGAUCAGCUACGUGCUCCCGCAGCGAUACCAGAACACGGACAGGAGAAGCAGGAGAAGGAAGUAUCGAGGACGAGCUCCCCGAGCGAUAGCAACGGCGCUGGUAGUGAUAGCAGCAAUCAGGCUGCAACCGACCAGCAGGCAUCGAAAAAGGAUUUGCUCGGUAGCGUGGAGGUGUUAAAGAACAUGCCAGAAUUGUUAAAGCUUGCCGAUCUGGGUAAGCUGAAAGAGAUAAUUAGCACGUGCGAUAAGGAGGUGGAAAAUAAGGAAAAGGCGGCAGCUGCCGCCGCCGCUGCAGCAGCAACACAGUCGAUGUUAGGCGCAUCGGAAGCACCGAUUGCAGCCAGUGUGCUCCUAUCUGACAUUCAGAUUCCCGAACCGGAAGAUGAGAACGCUCCGGAGGAGAAACGACUUGGCACACAAAUCCGUAUCCUUUCGUGCAAACUUCUGAUUAGCUGGAUUAACCUUAAGGAAGUGUUUCGCAUCCCGAAGAAGGAACGUAUUGAGCAGAUGAAGGAACACGAAAGGGAGGCUGACAUGCGCUACCAAGCGCUGGGGCUGGAGAAUGACGAGAAAGACGAUAAGCACCAUCGUCAUAGCCGAGAUAGCCGAGGUUGGGACCGUGGUUUGCGUGGAAGCGAACCUAAGCGACGGCGUUCGUUGGAUGAUCGGGACGGACCGUAUGGGUUGAGCAGCAAGUUGAAAAGACCUCCACCAGGACCGCCGGGUGGAGGCUAUCCGCAAAUCAAGCAGGACAAUCUUUCCAAGCAACAACGGCGCCAUCUGUUCGAGAUGAAGGUUGCCCAUGAGGAGGCGGAACGGCGUAAAAAAGAGAUGUGGAUGAUGCACGAAAAUGCGUGCCUUCGGUUCGGGUUGAAUCCACACCUGACUGCUCCGAUGGACAUACCGGUACGCAUGAACCCAGCCACGGGCGAGUAUUUCUCCGAAGAUGACCGGCUACUACCGACGCCACCGAGCCACGCGUACUUCAAGAUUCAACCGCCUCCAAUGUCGACCAACCCGGACGAUUACGAGCUGCCAUCGAUGAAGCUUCCACCGUACUGGCGAUAUGCGAUAGAUGAGCGCGGUCGACUGUACUAUUACCACGUGAAGGAACGCGUACCACAGUGGGAGCUCCCGAAAAAGUCGGGCCGUACAGUGGGUGCUUUCGCGGACGAGGAUAUCUCGAUGAGCUCUGACUCCAGCACAACCGAUACGUGUGAUUCUAGCGAGGAAGAACUGUCCGUUCAGUUGGAGCAGCUGUUGAAGAAAAAGCGAAAGCAACAAUCGAGCUUUAACCUUGAUGACGUGCUGGCAAAGCCGGAUGACAUGAACGACGAUAUGUCGAAGGCAAACGUAAAGCGUGAUGCAGGAGAGGGAUCUCCGCAGGUACUGACGCUGGAGGAAAUUUUUGGCGAUUCGGCGAACCAAACGGUGGACGAAGCGACCCUUCAGCAGCUGCUCCCUCGACGAAAAAGGAAGCGCAGCUUGAAGCUAGUGCAGGCUCGAAUCAUCAGUCCUCGAACGGAAGAAGACAAACAGUAUGGCCAGAUGGAGAUGAAGCGAUACAAGGAAACAAAGGAGAAGCUUCGCAAGCGCAAGGAGGAAGCAAAGCGGAUGCGUGCCCGUAGCAUGUUCUCGAAAACGCUGGCGGACAAUUCGUUUGGAAGUCCGCUCGACAAACCCUCGUUGGUGGCGAGCGUAUCCGCGACGGAUGCGGCUGGGGGUAGCGGUAUCGGUGGCAGCGGUGUGACCACCGACGCCUCGCUAAUUGACGACGAUCUCGUCGUUUCUCACAAGAUUGUCGAGGACAAGUGCAUCGUUGACGAGCUGGACAAACUGACAAAGAAGAAAAAGAUUUCUCCCUACGAAGAGUGGAAAAAGGUACAACAACGACUCGGUAAGAAACGAAAAUCGGGCGAGGAAGUGGGCGAGGGCGCGGUGGCUGUGGCUAGUGCUGGAACCUCCAGCACCGGUCAGCAAGCUGCAGCUGAAGGAGGUCCUGCCAUUGCCGCAGCAAAGCUGGCCAAGCGCAAGAAAUCGAGCAAGGGUGACCUGAACAGUGAGGAAGCGAAAAAGAUCAAAGAGAAGUUCCGGGUCGACAUUGCGGGUGUUAUCGUGCAGAAUUUGAGUGCCUACCGGAAGGACAGCUGUCCGUUGGGGCGCAUUACUAAUACAGAUGAUUUUAAGCAUCUCGCACGGAAGCUAACGCAUUUCGUCAUGCUGAAGGAACUGAAACACUGCGAUAACACCGUACACGAGCUGGAGGUGACGGAUUCCGUCAAAACCAAAGCCCGCGAGUUUAUCAAGAAGUACAUGGCUAAGCAUGGGCCGGUGUAUGUUCGUGGAGAAAACGAACCAGACUACUCUAACGUUACGCUCUGAGCUCAACGUUGAAGUACCCCCGUUGGAGGGAUUCGUCGACUCCCCAUAUGACCGUUGGAGUUGUGCUCGAUGAUGGUAUUUUAUUGUAUCGGUUUCCAUUAUGACCAACAUGGAUCAAACAGAUACAAUUUAAAUUUAAGUUUCAAUAU